UGUAUUGAGUGAAAUGUGAGCGCAAUAACAAUCAGUCACUCAUUGAUUGGUUUGUAUUUUAAUUGUUAACAAAACAAUCGAUGCUUUGAAAGAAAUUGAAUUGAUUUAGUGAUGAGUUGAGUGUGUAUUGACUCAAACCAUAGUAAGAAUAGUAUUGUGUAAUGAAUUCUCGGGAAACAGAGUUUAAAGUAGUAAUGGUACGCAACGAAGAGAGGAAUGUGUUGGAUCAGCUCUUGGAUACUCCAGAAGACGACGAUUUGGAUGUGGAGUUCACUCGAUCAGAGAAAAGGCUUAAAAGCAAAAGAACGUCAAGUGUUGUGAAAGCCGUCAAUUCGAAAGAAUGUCCAAAACUAAACUCUUCGAAGUCCAAAGUUUCCAAAAGUUCUAAAAAUGAGUUGCAAUCUAGACAUCAGAACCAAGACAUUAAAAGAGAUUCUGCCACAGAAGUAUCAAAAAAGUCAAUUAAAUCGGUUGCGAAUGAGUUGAUCAAAGAGAGUACAAGUCAUAAAAAGAUAUCUCCUAAGCCUAACAAUGAGCCGACCAGUGAAAUGGCGCCCAAGAAUAUUAAUAAUUGUGGUGAAGAGUACAGCUCUUCGCACGACUCUUCGUGUUCCUGUGAAGAUCACAGCAGUAUUGUAUCAAAUGGUAACCGAUCCUCACAUUCGUCUUCGCGUUCAAUAAGUCCUAAAAACAAGUCCGGAGGACAUCGAACCGCCCGAUCAUUGAGUCCAUCUAAUAGAGAGUCUAAGAAGAGAUGGCGGUCUGAAGCCGAUGACAGACGAAAGUCGAAACGAAGGCGUCGUUCGAGUCAUAGUCAGAGUGUUGGAAGACGUGAUCCAAACUCACUGUUGCGAUACUUCUUCAAAGACAGCUGUUUUUUCGUAAUGAAGAGUAAUAAUCACGAGAAUGUGGUUCUAUCGAAAGCGAAGGGCGUUUGGUCGACACCCCCUCAGAACGAAACCAAAUUGAAUCGCGCUUUCAAAGAGUUUCGUAAUGUUAUCCUUAUAUUCUCAGUCAAAGAGAGCGGCAAAUUUCAAGGUUUUGCGAGACUCGCGUCGGAAUCACGUCAUGAUUCGCAACCAAUCCAAUGGGUAUUACCCCAUGGAUUGAACGCUCGAGCCCUGGGAGGCGUCUUCUAUCUCGACUGGAUUUGUCGACGAGAACUUUCUUUUACGAAAACACUUCAUCUCUUUAAUCCAUUCAAUGACGGAAAACCUGUGAAGAUUGCACGCGACGGACAGGAAAUCGAUCCGCGAGUGGGCGAAGAAUUGUGUCGUUUAUUUCCAUCGGACGAAACCGUGGAAUUGAUUCCUAUGUUAAAGCGAAUGAAGAAACAGACGGCUCACAGACCGAGAAGUCAUCGAAUUCGCGGACCAUUUAUGGAUUUCAAUGAAAGGAAUAAACCAAACAUUAGCUCAAGAAUUGAUUUCCGCAAUAGAGAGCGACCAAAUCCGGUGCCCAAUCACUCGUUUCCUUCGCCUCAAAUCAAUUUUCAAAGAAAACGUAUGGGACAGCCAUUGCCUCCGAUCGGACCACUCGGGCCUCGAAGGGAUAUUAGAGAUGUAGUCCGUAACGAACGCCUAAUUCAGAGACCGCUUCCGCGCCGAGAAUUUAUGGUAAACGGAAAUAAUCCAAACUUUCAUCGAAAUCUCGCGCCUCCUAUGCCUCCAUUCUCUCAACGCCCAUUCAUUGAGCCGCCGUUCCAACAGAGACUGGAUUUGCCACCAAAACCACGACUAAUGGAUAGAAAUCACGAUCGAAAUGUGGAUGAGUUUAUUCGCCGCACUUAUAGACCGCCUCAAAGGGACCGACGCUAUCGUGAGGUUCGCUACUGAAUUGAAUUAUUGAUAAAAACCACGUAUUUAUAUCAAAAUCAAAGUUACUUUCAUUAAAAAUUGUAUUGAAUUUCAAUUGUUUAGAAAUUUCCGUUUCUC